GCAGCUUUUGUGCAUGUCUCUAUCCCACUCUACACAUAACACCACGCAAAAAAUAAUAGGAUCAAAUCCUCAAAUUAAGUACCUAAAUUCGAAGCAGUGUUGGCAUAAACAAAAUGCUUUAAAUACCACUACAAAUUAAACAACAAAAGACAAACCAGUAAACUAAACUUCAAAUCUGUAGUACUAUAUAUAUGCCCUUAUAUCUUGCUUCUUUUUGUGAGCACUUGUGAAGUUGAUAAAAAAAGUAAACUAAGGUCCAGCUUUUCAAGAAUUAAGCAGCAUGGGAACAAAAUGUGGGCGAUGGAAUCCAACCGCAGAACAGGUUAAAGUUCUAACUGACCUGUUCAGGUCUGGACUCCGUACACCAACCACAGAUCAGAUUCAAAAGAUAUCGUCUCAGUUGAGCUUUUAUGGAAACAUCGAGAGUAAGAAUGUUUUUUAUUGGUUCCAAAACCAUAAAGCUCGAGAAAGACAGAAACGUCGACGUAAGGUUUUGGUUGAUGAAGAGAGAAUCCAAUUCUGCCAGGAUAAGAACAUCUCUCCAAACAAACAUUUUCCCGAGAUAACUAGUUAUAAUGAAGAGCCGGAUCAGGCGGAAAGAGUAAUAGAGACUUUGCAACUCUUUCCAUUAAAUUCAUUAAGUGAAUAUUCCGAGUCGGAGAAGCUAAGGUUCUUCGCAGAGGAAUACAGAGAGAACAUGACAUUUUCUUGCAACUAUAUCGGGGCUGAAAUGAAUCAUCCAACGUUGGAUCUACGUCUAAGCUUCUUCUCGUAGAAUUAUAAAAUCUUACAAUGUCGUAUAAAUUAGUAGUAGCAGCAUAUUUAAUGUUAGUCUGGAUGGUUCAGAGCAUAGUAUCAUCUCCUGCUAGUUUAAGAGUAUAUUGUAGUAAGGAGGGUUAAUUACCAGUUUGAUUUGUAAUGACUAUAUAAUGGGAAUCUUGAAAAUGCAUGUAGCUCAAGAAAAUGAAUUGAAACUUGUACUCCUACUAAUUAAUAUGCUUCGACAUUCCCCUCUGUACACUGAUGGAACACUUUUCUUCUUCCUCUGUGUUUUACUCUACUGGAUACU